AGGCAACACUCUCCAAAGGUGGGUCCCAUAGCCAUGGAAGUGGACCCACUAAGAUACAAAUCCAAAGAAGCAAGCCAAGAAGAAAAUGAGAAAGAAGAAUGGUCUCAAAUUUCCUCUCUUCUCAUCUACACCUCUGUCUAUCAAUGGCCCUCACACUCUUUAACUUUGAGUCCACCCAAAGAGACGUGGAUUCCAUUUGUUGGCCACUAUUUUCCCUCCAUCCUCUGUAAAUUUCUUCGUUUUUGAAUGAAUCUUGAUCUGGGUUUUAGUCAAUGUUCAAUCUUUUUUGGUGUUUUUUGUUGAUUUCGUCAGCAGUUGAAGUCUUUUGCUGCUGGGUUUCCUGAAACCUUGCGAAAAAGUCUAUUAUUUUGUCCCAUGUUAUCUUUGGUUGCAAUUCCUUAUUUCCUUUCUGUUGUCAAUUAAAACAUGUUCAUAGUUUUGUUUCUUGUGUUUUUGCAAUAAGGUUUUCCGUGAUCUUGAUUAGAGAUUGAUGAAUUACUAAUUCUUAAUCAUGGAGCUUAAUCUGGAUCUUACUUACUUAAUGACCAUACCUUUGAAUCCUUUGUUCUUCAAGCUUACUCUGUAAUUAGGGUUCUAAGCUUAUUCUUCCAUUCUGUUGGGUCUUCUAUAAUCUUUAAUGGAAAUUGAUUGAACAAUUACGGUUAUUUUUAUUGCUUUCUACUCAUUGUUAAUCUGGGGUCUUAAUCUUGAUUUGUUUCCUCAAUCCUUUUCCUUUGUUCUUGAAUCUUGUGCCGUAUAAAGUUUGUGGGGUUCAAAUUUCAUUUUGUUUUUUUGGUAUUUUGUUAAAUUUUUGGGGAGCUUUUGUGAUUAGAGGAAUUAGAUGUUUGGUAAAACAAUGAAUUUAGUUACAACAGUUAUAGGAUUUGCAAUGAGUGCCACUUUCAUUGUAUUUGUCUGUGCUAGACUCGUUUGUGGGCGUUUUCGUCGAUACGAAUCACGUGAAUUGUUCGAGAUUGACUCAAGGAUUGACCUUGAGAGGCAAGAGCAUCGGGUGGUAGGCCUUGAACCAGCCAUGGUUGCAGCCAUUCCUACAAUGAAGUUUGACCGUGAAGCAUUCGGUUCCAUGGAUGAUGCCCAGUGUACUAUAUGUUUAGGGGAGUAUCAAGAGAAAGAGGUGCUAAGAAUAAUGCCAAAAUGUGGGCAUAGUUUUCAUCUUUCUUGCAUAGACAUGUGGCUGAGAAAGCAGUCAACGUGUCCUGUUUGUCGCCUUUCUGUCAUUGCCGGAAACAGCCCCCCCGAGAUUUCAAGGGAGAUUUCAUUGGAGCGGUCUCGUCUGUGGCUCCUACCCCACCAUGGUCAAGGAACUAGUCAAAGUCAAAGUCAAACAGAUUCCGCCAUGGGAGAUGCAGAAGGAGGAACAGAAGCAGGAAGAUGAUAUAUUAUAGAUUAUGAGAAAGUUGAAUGAUUUGGGAUUGGUGUAUAUUAUAUGGUUGCUUUUGUUUUUCCUAUUUUUGUUUUAAUUGUUUGCGUUGUGGAAUUUAACACAUGAAAAAAAUUGCUUGUGAAUGCCUGUACUCACUCCUUAUCAAAAUCACAAACAUUAAUCAUAACGGUUUUAAUGUA